GCCCAGCUCUAAAGUAUGCGUUGGAGUUGGGCAUGGAUCCGAAUAGAAUAUUGUCCAAAGGCCAAACAAAUCUUUUCGGUGCUGCCAAGCGUGGCGAUGUCGAGAAAGUGAAGGUCUUAGUUGAGACCCACAACGCAGAUCUCAUGGUUGAGAUCUGCGUUGUGGAUCGAGGCCUUUUUUAUGCCGCAGCGCAUGGGGGAUGCACAGUUACGCAUGUGCUACUAGGAAAGUACAAGGCUGAUGCCUUGAUCAAAGACAACCAUGGAAGAACAGCCCGGCAGUACAUGCUGGAGCUUGAAAAACUCGAUGAAUACAAAGAUAUUGUGAAACUGUUGGGGGAUGCAGAGCGCAAGCAGCAGAAGGCAAUUGAAGCCGCACAGAAAAAGCAGCGCGCCGCUGCUGCACAGCUGCGAAAGCGCGAGGAAAAACUGGCAAAGGCGCAGAAGAAGGCGGAGGAGCAACUGGGGAGCAAGAAAGAGCUCGAGCUGAGAGAGCCGCAGCUGCAACCAGAGCUGCAGCGGCGUCAUCAAGCUCGAGAAAGCGUCCAUCUUCGGCGGAGGCAACGCUACGAGCUCGUGUGCCAAGAAGGAAAUUCACUGACAAGUGGCAUGAGCUUGUGGAUCAAUGCCAAUUUUUACAGGGCCCGAAGCGCCGCUGAGGAGUCAUGGGGCCAUGGGGCUGUGCAUUGA